AUGAUAUAAGAAGAUAAUAUUAGUAAUAAUCAAUAAGAUUUUAAUUAUAAUAUAGCCCUAGAAAACGAUUAACCUAAAGCUAUUUCAAACCAAUAAAAAGCUAAUUUAAUAUCGACAAUAGAUGAGCCAAUAAAAGAAACAAUAAUGAGAGAUUUAAGAAUGAUUGCUCUUAAAUUAAAAUAUGUAAUAUUACCAAGAAAUGAUCAGGAUAAAAUAAAAUAAUUAAGAAAUUGGGAUUUAUGGGGACCUUUAGUUUUAUGUUUAGCACUAGCAAUCACUUUAUGUAUAAAAACUGAAGAAAGAUCAGAAUAUGUUUUCGUUACAAUUUUUGUAGUUAUUUGGAUAGGAGCAGGUUUUGUAACUUUAAAUACAAAAUUACUAGGAGGAAAAAUAUCUUUUUUUUAAUCUGUAUGUAUAUUAGGUUAUUGUGUAUUUCCUAUUAAUAUAUCCUCUUUUAUUUCACUUUUCUUAUUUAAAGAGUAUAUUGCAUUAUUUAUUAUAAAAGUGAUUUUACUUAUUGCUAGUUUUAUUUGGGCUACUAGAGCAUCUAUUCCAUUUAUGGUAGCUUUAGUAAGUGAAGAAAAAAAACUUCUUGCAGUUUAUCCUGUCUGUUUAUAUUAUUUGUUUUUAAGCUGGUUUGCUCUUGUAGCAUGA